CCUAAAAGAGAAAGCAAAACUUCCUUGCAAGCUGAGGUACCAGCUGCUCCAUCAUCUCAAAGGGAAAGCAAAACUUCCUUGCAAGCUGAGGUACCUCCUGCCCAGUCACCUAAAAGAGAAAGCAAAACUUCUUUGCAAGCUGAGGUACCAGGUACUCCAUCAUCUCAAAGAGGAAGCAAAGCUUCCUUGCAAGCUGAGGUACCUCCUGCCCAGUCACCUAAAAGAGAAAGCAAAACUUCAUUGCAAGCUGAAGCAGAUGCCGCCCCAACAUCUCAGAGAGAAAGUAAAACUUCAUUGCAAGCUGAAGUACCUCCUGCCCAGUCACCUCAAAGAACAAGCAAAACUUCCUUGCGAGGUGAGACACCUCCUGCCCAAUCACCUCAAAGAACAAGCAAGACUUCCUUGCGAGGUGAAACACCUCCUGCCCAGUCACCUCAAAGAACAAGCAAAACUUCCUUGCGAGAUGAAACACCUGCAUCACCUAAGGCAGGAAGCAAAACUUCUGUGCAGGCUGAAACACCACCUCCUGCUCAACUAUCUCAAAGAGAAAGCAAAUCUUCCUUACCGAGUAAAACACCUCCUGCUCAGAUGUCUCCAAGACCAAGCCAAGGUUCCUUACCAGCGGAACCACCGGCCACUCAAGAACCCACACAAGAUGAAGCACGUGUAUCUGAAACAGGAAGCAAAGCAUCUAUUCAGUGUCCAACUGCUGAUACAGCAGAAGAUCCUGAAUCUCAGCUGGAAGCCAGUGCAGCAGAAGUGAAUGCAGAAGAAGUUCAAGAAACUGAAGGUGAUGCUGAAAAUGUAGAACAAGUUGCAGAGGCCCCAACUGAGGAACCAGCCCCUGAAUAAUGUUGACCGAUUCUGAACAUGUAAAUCACAGCAGUAUGAUAGAAGUUGAAACCAGAGAACAAAACGGAAAAAAAAAAAGGAGAAACUUAUUACUGUUGUUA